AUGCCUAGCGCAUUUGUGAUCGAAGGAAGGACGCCUGCGGGAUAUUUGUUUAUAACGCCGUGCCCCCGCCGCCUCGUCCGAAUCCAUCUCGCACGGCUGAGGAGUACGCCAGACUCCGUAACUGGAUACUCCUUGCGUCAGGAUUUUUUUCUACAACUUCAUCUCAAAUCCCAGCUCACCAGGGCCACGCUCGCCAUGCUUCCUCCCAUUCCGAUCUUGGCUGAUUAUGGCAUAUCACCAACUCACGGGUUUCUUCCCGAUGUCCUGCCUCUGACACGGCUUCCAGAUCCAUACUACAACAAAUGGGAGGCCGUUGUCAGCAACCUCCAGGCUCUCAUACUGAGCCGACGCCUCCGAAGCGUGAUGGACCGCCUGCCUGUCCUGUCCACUAUUGGAUUGGAGCACGAGGCAGAAUGGCGCAGGGCGUACUCGUUGCUAUGCUUCAUGGCACACAGUUAUGUCUGGGGCGGCGACCAGCCCUCUGAUCACCUGCCCCCAUCCAUUACUGUACCGCUCCUGCAGGUGUCCGAGCAUCUUGAGCUUCCACCUGUCGCAACAUAUGCUGCAGUUUGUCUGUGGAAUUUCAAGCCUCUUUUCAUGGAUGAGGGAAUCAAUAGUCUCGAAAAUCUGGCUUCUCUGAAUACCUUUACAGGCUCCCUUGACGAAUCUUGGUUCUACCUCGUCUCGGUCGCCAUUGAGGCGCAUGGUGCCCCAAUAAUUCCCCUGAUGCUUACCGCUAUAGCUGCGGCGCGAGAAGGCGACUUGGCUGCCGUCACUCGGUGCUUGCGCGGAUUUGCGGAACGCUUGACAGACUUAACCAGCAUUCUUCAACGGAUGCAUGAAAGCUGUGAUCCUCUCGUUUUUUACAACCGCAUCCGGCCGUUCCUCGCCGGCAGCAAGAACAUGGCCGAGGCUGGCCUGCCGCUCGGCCUUAACUACGACGAUGGCUCCGGAAGACUCGACUACAGGUUUUAUAGCGGCGGCAGCAACGCUCAGAGUAGUCUCAUCCAAUUUUUCGAUGUCGUACUUGGAAUCGAUCACCGUCCUACUGGCGAGUUCGGGGGAAAAACUCCUAGCCAUUCGUCUGAGUCGCCGCGCGAGGAUCGGGCGCCAGGCCAGCGUCACAAUUUCAUUAUGGACAUGCGUCGCUACAUGCCUGGUCCGCACGCUCGCUUCUUGAAUCAGGUCGGCCUCGUAGCCAACGUGCGAGACUUUGUCGAAACUCACGCAGACAACCCGCAAUUGACUCUGGCCUACGAUGCCUGCCUCGCCAUGCUGAGUACUUUCCGCGACAAGCACAUUGCUAUUGUGACUCGCUAUAUCAUCGUUCCUUCUCGAGAGGUUCGCGCUCGUAGCAGGUCGCGCAGCCCCGAGGCUACGAGGAAGCGUCUCGACUUGCGUCAGCUUCUCGCCAACGGAAGGAUGUUGAGGAACUGGCCAGUCGUCGGGACCCACAGGGACUGCGAACACGAAGCUCAAGGCACGGAGGAACUGCCUUGA